GGGCGCUUGUCUCAGGUGAGCCUCGUAACAGACGACUGAGGGAGCGCCACAGAGACAUCUUGUUGGGAGGCGGGUGCAGAGGCUUAUGGACAAUUAAUUCCAGCAGGCUGUCAGCAACAGCAGGAGCAGACACACAAACGGAAGAGGCGCUGUUCUGAGAGGACGGGUGGACCACCGGCCAUCUUUAAGGAAAGUUACGCCAUUGUACACUUGGACUGCUUUUCCUGUUUGUUUUUAUACCAGUGGUAAAAAUGGCAUCCACGCUGCAGAAGCUUCUCACUCCAAUGUGUGGCGGUCCGCCCGAGCCCCCAAGAAAUAAAGUGACAGUGGUGGGAGUGGGACAGGUGGGCAUGGCCUGUGCUGUUAGCAUCCUGCUCAGGGAGCUGGCAGACGAGUUGGCCCUGGUGGACGUGAUGGAGGACAAGCUGAAGGGUGAGAUGAUGGACCUUCAACACGGAAGCCUCUUCCUCAAAACCCCCAAAAUAGUUGCAGAUAAAGACUACUCAGUCACAGCCAACUCCCGCAUCGUGGUGGUGACCGCAGGCGUCCGUCAGCAGGAGGGUGAGAGCAGGCUGAACCUGGUCCAGAGAAACGUCAACAUCUUCAAGCACAUCGUCCCACAGAUCGUCAGAUACAGCCCGGAAUGCAUUAUCAUCGUGGUGUCCAACCCAGUGGAUGUGCUGACCUACGUGACCUGGCGGCUGAGUGGCCUCCCCAAGCACCGCGUCAUCGGCAGCGGCACCAACUUGGACUCGGCCCGAUUCCGCUUCCUGAUGGCCUCCCAACUGGGCGUCCACCCGAGCAGCUUCAACGGAUGGAUCCUUGGGGAGCAUGGCGACACCAGCGUGCCCGUGUGGAGCGGAACCAACAUGGCCGGGGUUAGCCUGCAGGCAUUGAACCCGGACAUCGGGACUGACGGCGAUGAGGAGAACUGGAAGGAGACGCACAAGAUGGUGGUGGACAGCGCCUAUGAGGUGAUCAAGCUGAAGGGUUACACCAACUGGGCCAUUGGCCUGAGCGUGGCCGACCUGACGGAGACCAUCCUGAGGAACUUGAACAGGAUCCAUCCCGUCUCCACCAUGGUGCAGGGCAUGUAUGGCAUCCAUGAGGAUGUGUACCUCAGCCUGCCGUGCGUGUUGAACGGCGGGGGCGUGGCCAGCGUGGUCAACGUCACGCUGACAGACGAUGAGGUGGCCCAGCUGCAGGCCAGUGGCGCCACGCUGUGGGACAUCCAGAAGGACCUGCAAGACAUUUGAGGGGCUAGCAGGGGGAGCCGCAGCUACUCUACACUGUUGUGUACAAGCAGUAACUCUUUUCACUUUCAGUUCAAGCACACUGCGCAUUCAAUCUAGCUCAUGUAUACCUACUGACAUUUUAACAGUAAAAAUACAUUCUUCUCAUUGGACGGUUGUUAAGAUUCAUUCUCAAACUGGUAGGAGUACCACUGGUGCUAUGUGGGCUCCAACUAGUGCUACUCAUGAACACCGGAUAUAGUUUUACUCAAUAAAAAUAGAAUUAUAUUACAGACAGAAUAUGCACAGUGAAAGCAAAUUGUUUUUCAACUAAUUUACCCAUAAUUUUGGAUCAUUUUCCAGGAUUUCCCCAUUGCAGGACUAAAAAAGAAGGCUUACUCUACACUAUUGUAUUCUAUAUUGUAUGAAAUAAAUUUGUACUAAUGAAUUAGAAGUAAUUUCAAAAUAUUUUCACAAUUAUUAUUUUUGCUAUUUAAUUCUUUUAUAAUUUUUUGUAGUUCCAUGAUGACAUACACAGCAAAUGCAUUCCUCAAAAUGCUGUCAAAAGUGGAAAACAAUUGUGAUUGUUCAUCCUGCCGCUUGUUAGCCAGCAUGCUACUUCCUGUUUCAUGGUGCUUGAUGUAACACAGGAGUGUCCAAAGUGCAGCUCGGGGGCCAAUUUGCGGCCUGUGGCACAUUCAGAAAACUUAAAAAUAAAAGCAGCGAAAAUGGUAAAAAUCAGUUAUUUUACAAGUAUGAAAUCAAAAAUAAUUCCUUUAAAAAUAUAAUUUUUAGGGAUGUCCAAUAAUAUUGGGUCACUGAUAUUGGCGUAAUAUUGGUCAAUAAUCGGUAUCGGGUUUUUUCCCUAUAAUGAAAACCGAUUUUUUUUAAAUGCUGUAUAUAGGCCUACGGGCUCCUGUAUUUUCCCGCGCGCAAACGAUGACCUGAUCAAAUCACGUCUGAUGCGUGUAACCAUAACCGUGGGUGGCUAGUAACAACGUUAUGUUGUUUACAGCCACGUUGAGAAGGCAAUUGCUGAUGCUGUAUCCAUUAGCUUCACAGCAGACACCUGUUAAUUGCACCACAGGACAUACAGUAUGUGAUGUUACACACAUCCAUAUCACUAUCGGUUCAUAGCGGAAUUGGAAAUUGAGAAUUGGACAAUAUCGGAUAUCUGAAAAAAAAAAAAAAAAAAAGCCAGUCUUGGACAUCCCUAAUAAUUAUUUAUGAAUUUUCUAGUUGUAUGAU